AUGCUUCUGAUUUCUCCACCAUAUUGCGACUACUCCAACUGCCGUGUGUUCAGUGUUCAGCGUCGCGUGGCGCCCGCCAUCCACAGACUUGAGGACGACGACAACUAUUUUCUGGUGUUCGAACAGACGUGUCAGAGACCGUUUUUCGAGGAAUACGAGUUUGAGGUCCGUGGCAGAAAGCUGCUUGUGAGCUGUGACAAGGACGACUUCUACAAAGUUUUCGACCUGCCCGACGACGCAGACUUGAGACGGGAUAUAGAUAUGCGCAUGGUGAACGGCGCCCUGCUGGUAGCCAUUCCUAAGAGGAGAUCCAUCAGAAUCACCUUCAACACAUUCGACGACUCGUUCACGGCGUCGCCUGUUUUUGUUUGCACAGGAAGACACAGCCGUUGUCAAAAGAAGCACACAGAGAGCUUCGCGGAGCCAGAGCAGCCGGAGCACGUGAAACGCAUUCCUAUCGAGACGCCGCAGGACGAGCGGAGGCAGACAGUGGUCGAGCCAAGUAUGCCAAGCGAGCCAGUGGCGCACGGCGUGCCGAAGGAAAUCAGUCGCCCAACGGCAGACCUGAAGAAGAACUAUACCACCAUGGAGCGCCACACGAGCCUCGCCCCAAAGACUUACUCGCCUACCGUUGAGGACGUCGCCGAUGAUGAGUUCGCUCAAUGA